GCUCACCACCUACCACCGGAAGUAGUAGAAGAAGAACAAACUAAACAAACUAAUGUCCAUAAAGUCUAGUUUCUCUGACAUUUUAGUGUCUCUUAGCUGCAGCUUGAGGGCGGAUGUCUGUGUAACAACUGAAGGGUCGCUGCGUGAAAGAGCAAGAGGACCGGAAGACAGAAGGAAUCCCAAACCCAGCGUGUGUGAAGCCAGGGCCAACGGGUGGACCUUGAUCUCCAUCCAUCUGGACCAACCAAGAAUACGGUGAUCAUCAUGAAGUACUACGAACUGUGUCCUCACUGUGUCUACGCAGCCAUCACCAUGUAAUGUCAGUAAAGCCCAGUGGAGCUUCCGAUCCGAUCCCGAUGUUGACCUGAUACAAUCUGACACUUUUAAUACUUAUUUAUUAGUGUGGGAUUAAUAUUUGGUUUGAUCAACUGGUUUCACUCAGAAAAUCAGCAGGUGACCCCCGCUGACGCACCGAUGACCUCAUCCAACAGCAAGUUCUCUGCCGUCACAGGAAGUUCUCGAAAGGUCGCAGACAAUGCGGCCGACUGGCACAACCUGAUGGUGAGGUGGGACAAGCUGAACGGCCGUGGAUUCCAGCUGGCAACAAACAUCGUCAACAUGAGGAGAUCUCAGACUGACCGUCGGCCUCCGGAUGACGUCCCUUCAGCUUCCACAUCUCAGUCGUUCCCUCCAGCGGUGCAGCAGCACACAGCCGCAGCAGCAGACCUCCAGGAAGAAUGCUCCAAAAUACAGGCUGUGGUGGACCAGAUGGUGGUCGUCGUGGAGAAGAUGGAGCGCCUGACGGCCGUUCAGAAGGGACUCCAGGAUCUGGAGGAGUUUCAGUUUGGUCCUGAAGGCAGAGCGUCGCCUCUCUGUCACAGCUGGAGGACUAGAGAGUUCGUGGAUUCUGCUCAGGUUCUGUUGGCCGCCUUCAGUCAGGAGCUGAAGUUGAAGCAGGUGGUUCUGCAGGAGCUGGCCCACACCGCGUCCGCCGACCUGCAGCUGGUCUACCUGUCCUGUUGGCUCCACCAGCCCUACAUCCCCCCCCAGAGCAGGCUGACUCUGGAGGCGCUGCUGCUGGAGACGGGGCACCGCCCACUCUGAGGCCCCACAUCACUGGGACCAGCAUCUUUUACUGGGAUGUCUGAAUAUGGAAAUAAAACUGAAACUGCUGCAAUAAAUAAAUGUUUUCACCUUUA